AUGGAGCUGGGCGAGUCGAAGAUCCCAGGCCGAAGGCCCUCGCUGGAGCUGCCACCGCGGCGCGGCGCAUGGGCAGAGUCGCGUGACGCAAGGAACGAGCAGAGACCGACAGAUAGCCAGGUCUUGGAGGCCUCCGAGCCCGUUUCCAACCUCGACGACACAAGGUCUCAGGAGUCUGCUGACCAUGAAGAGCAGGCGGUUCCCGACCUGUUCAAAGAGAGGAGAGCAGUAAUGGAAGACGAGGCGCGGAAGGCAGAAGCCUACGAGGAGGCCCUCCGUGCCGAGGAGGAGCAGCUCGGUGCCAAGGAAGACUUCGAGGAGAUGGGUUCCAGCCGGGCCCGUGCGCAGAGCUCGCCGCCGGGGCGGGUGCGGCGCAUCAGUUUCAGCCUGGAGGCCGCCAGCGAGGAGGACGCCAUGCGAAGCUACGUGGGCACCCUUUCCCAGAAGACUGCAGACCUGAUGAAGCUUCAAGAGGAGACGCCCACCACGGCUUGCAGCUCCAGCCCAAAGAGCCCCAUGAGCCCUGAGGUGUUGGAGGAGCCUGAGCAUCCGCCCAUCUUGGCAGAGUUCUUCCCGCUGCUGCCCAGUCAGGGCAGCCUUGGUCAUCCGGAGGUAUGCCGGCGCCCUUGCAUCUACUUCAUCGCCGGGCACUGCGAGAACGGCAACGCCUGCGCCUACUGCCACAUGGAGCACACGGAGAAGACGCCUAAGCUCGACAAGAGGCAGCGCACCAUCAUCCAAGCAUUGAGCCGACCGCAGUUGCUUGGGUUGGUGCUGCACUUCUGCCACAGCAAAGCCGAGCAGGCCGGCUUCCUCGAAGAGGCCGCAGAAAUCCUUGGAAUGUUGGCGCAGGAGUCCGCAGGCGCCCGGCCUUUGUCCCAGAUGGUCUCGGACCGCGACCUCCGCAACCUCCACAAGACGCUCGGAAGGAUGAACUUCUCCAACUUGAUCGGCCUGGUGACGCACCAGUCCUCCAACCGAACGGGGAAUGCGUCGCUCAUUGUAGGUGCAUUGUUUGGGCCCUGGCUCAAGGGCAUGCGCCAGCUCUGCAUCUACUUCCACGGCAAGGAGGUUACCCAUCCUUCUUUUCCCUUGCUAUGGUUCUGGAGCUCGAAAUCUUGCCCCUGCCCGGCACGAUUCAGAUACUGGGAUGUCUGCAUGCCAAAUACGACUGGACUAUCGAUCGCGUGCGGCGAGAAGUUCAUCGAAGGAGGACUUGAAGACAGCAGACAUGACGAAGCAGUCUCAGGUGGAG